AUGAUCCGCCUUGGACCCAAGAGGCAAAUAACAGAGCGUCAUUACAGGAACAGGUCCUGGUCGGUGAUGGUCUCAUUCCUGUUUGUUGCUGGCUUCGGUGGCCCUGCUGCUGGUCUCGCUGAAGCUUUGCAAGUGACCCAGCCGAGGGUGGUCUUGGCCAGCAUGAAAGGAGUUGCCAGCCUGGCUUGUGAAUACGAAUUCACUGGCAAAGCCAAGGAGAUCCGUGUGACCUUAAUCCGGCAGAAAGGGAACCAGUUCGAUGAAGUCUGCGCCUCGUCCUUCACUACUGAGUACGAGCCGUUCGUUUCAACUGAGGACAUUGAGUGUCACGUCCAACCCAGCAAAAACAAUGUGACUCUCACACUGGUGGGGCUGAAGGCCACAGACACUGGCCUGUACGUCUGUCGAGUGGAACUCAUGUACCCUCCACCCUACUAUAUGGGCUUGGGAAAUGGAACCCAAAUCUAUGUCGUCGAACCAGAGCCCUGCCCAGACAGUGACUUCCUGCUAUGGAUCCUAGCUGCAGUCAGCUCAGGAUUGUUUAUUUACAGUUUUCUCAUCACCAUGGUGGCCUUGAGUAAAAUGGUAAAGAAAAGGAGCCUUCUGACUACAGGUGUCUACGUAAAAAUGCCACCACCAGAACCGGAACAUGAGAAACAGUUCCAGCCGUAUUUCAUUCCCAUCAACUGA